AUGUAUCAUCUGUUAACGGUGUUAAUCAGUAUUACUUUAGAUGCUCUUGGGGUGCACUCAGCUCUCAGCCUCGGCGCUGACCAGAGUCGGAAGCAGAUGAACCAAACACAAGCAUUGCCGAUGCUGCUUGCUCUUAUGAAGCGUCCCCAGGCAUCCCAGAAUGCCUCUUCUUUGGCAUUGAGCCUGAACAUACCAGACAUGUGUUAUGGAUACUAUGAUGUGAUGGGGCAAUACGAUGCCACCUUUAAUUGUACCACAGGUACAUAUCGUUACUGUUGUGGCACCUGCCAUUAUCGCUUUUGUUGUGAGCAUCGUCACAAGCGCUUGGACCAAGACAGUUGUAAAAACUAUAACAGCCCUUUCUGGGCACACACAACCCAGCCUAUUACCACCAGUGCUAACAGCAAGCUGAACGAUCACGGACUUGCAGACCAGACCAAUAGCACCGUCUAUGUCAUCUGUGGUGUCAUUAGUUUCACCCUAGCCGUGGGCAUCGGAGCCAAGAUUGCCUUUAACAAGGCAUCCCGGCGCCCACGGGGGAGAGAGAUUAAUGUCCCCAGAGCUCUAGUGGACAUUCUGCGACACCAGUCCAUUCAGGGGAGCCACGGAGAGAGAAAUAACAGCAUUGCUGUGAGUUCAGGAAUACAUGAUAAUGGACCAUCACGUCCUCCAAAAAACCUCUAUAACCCAGUAAAGUCUUCGAAGAGCAACCAUGAUAAUAUGCACCAUAAUUUCAUCCUCACUGUUAACAGCCCAAAGCAUGCAGCCACAUUAGACUACCGGAUUAACAAUAUUCAACUUCCAACUUCUUCCACAAAAUAUAAUACCAUGUCCUUCUCUCGUUCCUUUCAUAACCUCUCUCACUUACCACCUUCUUAUGAAUCUGCCAUUAAGUCUGACAUCAGCAGAUAUUCUUCUCUCAAGAGGAUAGCAGAGAAAGACAUGGAUGAAUUUUACUUAAAGCGGAAACACCUAGCAGAAUUAACGCGUGGUACUCUCCCCCUUCAUGUCAUUAAGAUGAACUACGAACGUGAUGGCUACAUGGAACAAUCACAGGCACCAAGACGUGUCAUGUCCCAGGAGCACAUCCUUUCAGACAAUCACUAUCCUGCUCAUCAUGAUUAUACCAUCCCCAGAGAUCGCCUCAUCUCUCAAGAACGUCUUCUUUCUCGAGAUGUCUUACACUCACAGGAGCAUCUUCUGUCUCCUGAAAGAAUCCACCAUCGUGGGCCAACACCGUUCCACGAAAUGCGUCUUGGGCACCAGAAAGCCCUUUCUCACACCAAUGUUUGUGUUAGCACACCAAUGCUAGAUCGACACCACAUGAUCAAAAUGAAUUCGCACCCAACUUCUUCCAAUUCUCCCAAGACGACAUGGGAUAUGGCUAACCACACUGCCAAUCGGCGGCAAGCAUUUGCUACAAAGCGUCAAAACACCAUCGAACAACUCCAGUUCAUUCCUGGCCCUCUACCCAACCAACAUCUGCGUACUGGGAGCAAGAAUGAGGUUACAGUCUAA